ACGUUGCUGUUCAUCUUCAUCGCCGUCCACUUCUUCUUGCUGGACGUCGGCCAGGAUUCCGUGCUCAUCCACUGCGUCGAGGAUGACGAGCAAACCCGAAUCUCGGCCUUCAUCAUGUCGAUCGUGACCAUCAUCCUCGACGUGUUCACCCUCGUCGGCGUUGUAUUUUUGUGGGUAUCGACACGGAGAAAGUUGAGAUUACCGACCAUGGCCGUGAACGCGCGCUUCCAGCUGCGACUUUCUCUGACGGUGCUGUACGCCUUCGGCCCGAUGGUGAUCAUGCACUCGUUUUUCCUGGUGGAGUACAACGUACUUUACGGCCUUCUGCGUCUCGACCCCACGAUAACGCUCCGGACGUCAAAGAUGUGGCAGGGGAUCCUGACGCUAACGCCUCUUUACACCGUACUGUCGCCGAUUAUGGUCCGCUACUUCCUGCGGCGCAGCAAAGAAAAGGCGAAAUCGCGAAAUAAACCGAAAAAUGCGGCCGGGUGGCGGCAAAGACUCGGUCACUUCCUUGGCGGUGCACUUCGAAGAACUCCGAAAAACCUGGGAUCCCCCACAACAACAACCGAAAAGAACGAUCUUCAGCCUGAACUCGUCGCGGAA